AUGGACGAAGACGCUCGACUGAAAGAGCUGGACUACAUAGCACUGAAGACGCUACAGUUCGUAACAGGACUUCAAGAUCCAUCACUCCGUGAAGUUCGUCUCAGAAUGCUCAGUCGACUAGUGCGUGACUACCGCCCGGGACAUGAGAGAUGGAUUCCUGCUCGUGUAAAGAAUCGCCAGAGACGAGCCAUGUACGACGUGCUAACGGAAAAGGACGAUUUAUGGAGAAGACAAGCGAACCAGAUGCGUGGAGAAAGGCAGCGAAGAGUUAGCUACGAGAAGACUAAAGCUUCAAACGUGCCGUUCAACCAAGAAGACCAACGGUACCAUUAUAUUGCAAAGACGAUCGCUGACGCCAAGGACAAUGUCGAGGAUCAAGCACCAACCAUCGUGUCGCCAACAACGACUUGA